AAAAAACACAUCCUCUGAUCCUAGACCAGUGCUGAAUCAGUGCUGUGGGCAUUUAUUGAAUUUAAAAUCAAAUAUUUUUGUCUAACAUUAUUAUUUGAUGUCCCGUCCCCUCCUCUGUUGUGUCCUGCCGUUGUUUUCCCUUGAUUGCCCUGUCUUCUUCCUGAUGUGUUUCACCUGUGUUGAUUGGUCACACCUGUGGCUGCACUUCCUCACACAGCCUCCACUCCUGUUCUCUGGUGCUGGCUCCUCAUUGGAUGUUUUACUUCCUGUGUUUGUCCUCAUUGGAGCAGCUCUCAGUUUAUGUCCCUUCUCUUUUGGACAGGUGUUCGCUUCAUUCGCAGCACACGUGUUACACAUUAACAAUACUGAAAACCUGUGUGCACGUAUGAAGCAGUAGAAAACGUCAAGUGAGCCAGGGAGAAAGAACAUGUUUGAACAAAUGGGACAUUCUGUAACCCGGGAUGCAGACUUGACCUCCCAAAAGCAUGCAACCGAGACAAAGACCAUGAAACAGCUUUUGGACGAGGUCAAAGAUCUUCAUGAGCAGAGGCUGAGGUGGCUGGAGAUGGACAGCACCGCUACAAGAGAGGAACUGCUGCAGAAGAAAGAGGAUUUCCUGCAGUCGUACGUGAAUGACCUCACAGACCAGAACCAAAUGCUGCUGCAGACGGUUGAGGAGCUGCAGAUGGAAACUGACCAACUUUCCAAAUUGGACCUGAGUCAGCAGAAGACGACGUCAGAGCUACGGCAUCAACGUAGACAUUUGCUGUCAGAUGUCAAUUCCAACACAAAACUCAACCAAAUGGGCCCUAAACGCAACCUUGAUAUGAAACAAAGACAUGUAGAUGUGAUGCAGUUGAACCAGGAUGUGAUCAGUUUGCGAGCCACACAAGAAACACUGCAGAGAAGUUUGGUUAUAAAAGAGAAACGUGCACAACAGCUGGUCCAGGCCAACGCACAGCUCAAAGAGAUGCUGACCUCCCUGCAGAGCAAAUUACAAACAAGCGAGAGCACGGUGCAGAGCGUCGCUGAGACCCUGGAUCAGACUGAGAGCAGCCUGCAGACGGAGAGACAACAGAGACAACAGAUCCAGGAGCAGCUGAAUCACAGCAACAAAGAGGUCGAACGUCUGCAGCAGGAACUCACGCGUGUGCAUCGCACCAUGGAGAAGAAGAUGCAGAGGAGGGAGAUGAAGAUCAGUUCACUGAUGAAAAAGCUCGCAGAAAUUAAAAUGCAGUUCUCUGAUUUUCAGGCUGAGGUGUUUCAGAAGGAGAACAUUUUAGAGCAGCUAAGCAAAGAAAGAGACGACCUCAGAACCAAGUUGGAGGAGCAGAAGGUCCAGUGUGUCCAUGUGAACCAGAGCAAAGAGAGACUUGAGGCGGACUUGGCUCAAAGCCACGACAAACUCCACAUCUCGCACCUCGAGGUUCGAAGCAGAGACCAGUUAAUCCUGCAGUUGAGAAAUGAAAUGAAGACGGCAGAGCUAAAGUAUCGCAGGACAGAAGAACAGGUAGCAGCACUGGAGUCCGAGGUAAAACAGUUAAACCACAAAGUUGGGGAACAUCAGAAAGAGGCCCAUCAGUUCGGCAGAAAGGUCAGAGAUGCAGAGCAGCUUAAAGAGCAGAAGGAAAAGGAACGGCAGCAGCUACUGGAUCGACUCUGCACCAGUCAGCAACAGGUUGAGGCAUGUGAGAAGAAGCUCAAGGAGCAGGAGGAUGAGAUGGGACUUCUGCAUCAGCAGCUGAAAGGAGCCGCAACAGAGCUUAGGGAUGCCAGGCUGCAAAUCCAGGAGCAGAAAGAAACCGUGGCAAUCUCCAAGCUGAAGUACGCCGCAGCCAUGGAGAAGGUUCAUAAGUUGCAGGGGCAGGUGGAACUUUUAGAAGUGGAACUGCAGUACUCACAGACACAGCUAAGAGAUUCCCAAUUAGAAGCUCAGUCUCAGAAGCGAGAGCAAGCUGAGCUGGAGCGUCGGUACCAGAACAAGGUCGGCCAAUGGGAGAGCUCACAAGAAGCUUUGGACCAGCUGACAGAUGAGCUCCAGGCCAACCAGAACCUGCUGGAGGAUAGUCGUCAAAAAAUGGAGCACCUGCAAAACCUGCUGGCAUCUACGCAGAAGCAGCAGGACCGUCUGAAACAACAGAAACUAGAGCUGGAGAGUGACUUACAGCUGCAGCGACAAAGUCACUCUCACUCUGACGAGGCGUAUUUCGACCUGCAAAGACACAACCAGCAGCUGCAGAAGUGCUGUGCUGAGCAGACUGAACACAUUGCAGAGUGUGAAAAGGCUAUUGUUCACACAAAGUCAGAGCUGGAAAGACGAGCCCAGCAAAACACAGCCCUGAAGCAGAGCCUGGCUCUGUCACUACAGUCACACCUGAACAGUCACAGCCUGCUGGAACAGGAAGUGACACGUCUGAAAAAUGAAAUCACACACUUACGGAAAGAGCUUGGAGAUGCUGAGAAGGAACGUGCAUCGCUCCUCAGGAAAUUUGACGAGGAACUCGAUGAGGCCCGGCGCGAGUCUGUGCAAAGCAACAAGGAUGCAGAGGUGCAGAAGGAAGAAGCUCAGGGGCUGCGGGAGGAGUUACUGGGAGAGAAAGAGAAAAUGAGACGUGCCACUGGCGAGAACCGGCACCUGAGCGCUUGCAUCAGGAAGCUGAGCCAAGAGCUGGACGAGCUGCACGGCAAACAUCGAGUGACAGUGGAGGAUUUGGCAGCCCGUGCAGAGGAAGUGAGGCGGAUGGAGGGAAGCCUGACUGAGGGGAAGCUAGCAGAGGAGAAAAUAAGAUCAGUGGCUGUAAAGUCGGAGGCAGAGGUGGCAGAGCUCAGGAAGAACCUUCAACAGGCUGUCAGUCAGAAGCUCAAGGCAGAGAGAGAGAAACAAGACGCACAGGACCAGGUGGACAAACUCCGGUCAGAGCUGGAGGGGACGCGGUCUGACAAUGUGAACCUCCGUCAUGAGAGCCAACUGGUCAUGACUAACGUCGACCUUUGGAUCAAUGAACAAAGGGCGUCCAGCAGAAGCCUCAAAGCCCAGACGGAGGUCCAAAACAACCUGCUGCUUCUCGUCACUAAAGAAAAAGAACAUCUUCAGGAGGCUAAUGACACCUUGAGGGUUGAGGUAAAGAGGCUGACAGAAGUGGCGGAUAAGACAGCAAGAGACUUGGAAGGCUUCAAGGCCCAGAUCCGAGACGGGGCUACCGAGCAAGAUGAGAGAAGCAUGAAGAAUCAGACCUGUAUGGCUCGAAACCUUGGCAAAAUCGAGAAAAUGCAGACCAGACUGCGCUGCAACCUGGAGGCCAUAUCAAUGCUAAAUCAACAAUUAAACACUCUCAGCGGGGAGAAUAAGCACUUACGCAGGCAGCUGGAGGAGGAGAGGUCCAUGCGUAGACGAGUGGAGCAACGACUGCCUGCUGCUCCUCCCAACCUUCUGCACAGCUCCUCCAUACGUCCCCCCCUCUGUGCCGCUGCUCCACUCUCCACCUCCCUCCCUUCAUCCCACCAACCUAAUCCCCUGGGUUCAGACCCAGCAACGGGCCACAUUGAUGGGAUUCUCCAGGAAACCAAGCUGAGUAGAGCUGUAUUAGAGAAACCAGGUGAGUUCCAGGUUUUGUCUAAAGCCCUCUGGAUGAAACCAGCUGCAGUGAGCACUGUCUCCGCCUCUGUGGGAGAUGUAUGGUCUGGGAGGACAAGCUGGGAUCUGACCAAAUGAAGCCCCCCGAAGACUUUGACCUGUCAUGACUUUUUGACCUCUACCUCCCCACCGGGGAGUGUAUUCAGCAUGAGGUUAAUGUCCUGCAGGUCAAAGUCAAGUCCCUGGAUUAUUUUUUUGCCUGAGGGUGGAGUUGGGAGGGGGUCUAGAGAGCCAGCAGAUGAUGGAAUUUGCAGUAAAUAGUCAAAAUGUAGGUCGAAAAAAACCCCAGAUCACCAUCAGAAUAUUUUAUCUAAGAAAACCUUGUCAAACACUGCAUCACAUCAUUUUACCCACUGAUCAUCAGAACAAUUCAAAAAGUGGCAUUGUCCUUUUAAAACAAUGAUCUUCUUUGCCAGAAAAUAAAAUUAAGCACUGAGAUCUUUUUUAAUGGCUGCACUUAUGUAAAAACUCUCAUUGAAUUUAAUACAGUCAGCAAAUGAACCAAAUGACAAAAAGCACUAAUUCCCCUCCCGAUGAAUACGUUGCUUUGGAUGCCAGAGAGUCAAGGCAUCAUCAAUAUCCAGAGGGGAACCUGUUGGGAGCGACUGUACUGUAACUCGGUGUGAUUGCAGCGUAGCUGUGUGCCAUGUGUCGCUGCGUCUUUGUCUGUGUGUGCUUCUGUGACGGAGUAGUUUAGAUGUUUAACAUUGAAGGCGCUUUAAGUUUUGAUUUAUUGUGGAGACAAAAAAAAAACCCACUUUGUUGACUUUUUUCCACUCAUCUGUUGCUGUGUUGUAUUGAUGGACAAUAAAAACAGAUACAUCUGUACCUAAGUGGUCACAGAUGCAGCAGUCAGUAUUUAUAGUUAUCUGACUCCCAGUUAAGCCAACCUGUGUUGCAUAAUCCCAACAUACACAAACAUAUAUCAACAGCGUUUGGCUGCAUCACUAUUAAACAAUCAACACUGUAGUUUUCUUUUCCAAAAUCACACAAACAUACGGUGACUAUUCAAUGUCUUUCUUUGUUUUUCUUCAGGUGAGACACAACACUUUUUAGGGAUGUUUUCUUUUACCCAAACAAAGAAUACUGAGAGAAGUAUGCAAAUAUGUGUCUGUUAUACCGCGAUAAUGAGAAUUCGGGGCGAAAAGGUCUCAAACCACAAUUGGCUCUGUUUUUCUAUCUGUUCUCUCCCACCUGUCCCCCACUCGCUCCCAA